UACAUGGAAACGAAACAAAUUCUCCCAAUUUUCGGCUGAAAACGAGGAAAACCAACUCGCGAUUCUGGGGCGGCAGAACGGGAAAUCCCGCCGAGGAGCAGCAUGACCUCCAUUCUGGACAUGAAGGCCGGUCCGCCCGACUACUGGGCGGAGAUCAGCAACUUCUUUCUGCCGCUGAAAUACCUGAUCACCAACGACCGCUUCGAUUCGAUGGUGCGGGACAUAGACCUCUAUUACCUGAUAAACGGUGUGUUCUGGAUAUUCGUGGCGUUGUCCUGCGGCUACUACGCCUUCCAGCGGCUCUUCCAGUUCUUUCUGAAGUCGUCGAGCAUGAAGCACUUUCAGCGGAGGCUGUUCGCCCGCGUGAUCUGGAACAUCGCCUUCUAUGCGGCCAGCUGCCUGUUCUUGCACUUCUACAACGAGUUCAUGAUCCUGCCGCAGCUGAUGAAGAACCAGGGACGCUACUCGCUCUUCUACUCCUCGGAGAACCUGAUCUUCUAUCGAUCUCAUCAGGCGGAGAAAUUUCAGUUCUACUCGAUCUUCAUCAUCACGUUUUACCUGCAUGGGGCGUGGUUGGACUUCAAGGACGCUGACUUUCUGGAGGUGGGCUCCAAGGGACUCUACCUGCUGUCCCUGGUUGCCAUCGAUGUUUAUAGGUACGAAAACUACUUUGUGGGCCUGAAUCUGACGGUGGGUCUGUACAGCAUACUCACCGAGGUGCUGGCCCUGUUGGUCCUGCCCAGCACCAAUUCACACCGGAUCAUCUACCAGGUUUUUCUCGGCCUGCGCAUCAUGGUGUGGGCGUAUGUGUUUGUCAACCUGCUGCCCUUUAAGUACUUUAUACCCACGCUGUUCGCCAAGAACUUCAAGCUGUCCCUGAAUGUGCCCAUUUGGUUGUGGUACGGCCUCUCCAUUUGGAACUCGCCGGUGCUGCAGUACUUCUACCAUCAGAUAUAUCACACAGCGCCGUCGGAUUGUUCGGGCGAGGGAUCGGCGGCUAAGUGCAUCCUGGUCAAGGACACCAGUGAGUUCCGGCACUACAAGACACUGAAGAAGGCCUAUUUGGAGGUAAAGCUGGCGCACAUUAGAACCACGUCCAAUUCGCUGCCCUCCGAAACCAGUUCGGCCUCGGCCAAAACCUUUCAGGCCAUAAAAUGCGUCAUGAUGCUGAAGCGCAAAUUGAAGCGGAUUCGCGAGGGACGUGGCCAUGAGCCGGAGGAUGACAACGAUGACCAGGCCGUUGAUACCUAAUCGCGUCCUUCAGCACGGACGCAGCACACUUUUACACAGUAGAAAAACACAUUUCCUUAAACCAAACCAAAAAAGACACAAGUUCAGCUUAGGCUAAUAACUCACAAAGUUGAAACUAGCGCUCUCUCUCUCUCACUCAGGCUGAUUUCGGUUUAUGCGUGUUAGCUAAAUCGCGAUCAGCGAACAGUGCGUUUUGGUCAACAUUCAGAUCGUAAUCAAAAAGUUGGCAGUACACCUCUGAUGCUUGUCAACAUAUUAUAGUAGGAAUAUUUAACACUUAAAAAUUUGUCAAUAUGUCAACGUUUUUGUUGUAAAGACUUUAAAAAGAUCAGUUGGUAGCUUUCAAUCAAAAAUUAAUUUAAAUAUCUCAACGAAUUAUAUAUACAACUAAAGGUUGUCAAAAUUAAAACAUGAAUAUAAACGAUAAAUCAAACGUGCAGAUAAUCUCAAAGGCUAUAUACACAAAAAUCGAAAAGUGAGGCUUACAAAAUUAAUCUCCUAGAAGUAUUUAAAAUAAUGUUAUAUAUCUUAAAACGUCGAAUUCGACUGUUGCCAAACGCACUGUUCUAAUAGUACUUAUUCGUGAUAAACCGCCGUGCAACAAUAGACGCACUAUUGUCACUAGUUAACAAUUAUUUAUAAAAACACUAGAUCAAUAUUAAAUUUAUCACGAUUUAGACAGCACGCAUAAACCAAGCGGCUGAAAGACCUUAGCAAAUUUAGUUAGUAUCGCUCGAUUUUUGGCGCCAACGAAGAUCGUCGCGGCUGAUAUAUAUAUAUACAUAUAGUUACUAUAUCUCUCCAACUCUCUCUCUCUCCCUCGCACACACGAUCGCAGUUUCUUUCUCGUUUAGAUUUGUAAGUCGCCUUCAACUUAUUGUUGUUGUUUAUUCGCUGUGACUUAAUGACAUAUUGAAAUAUUGUAAUGUGUUUUUUUUUCGUUCUUUUAAUUGAAAUAUACUAUAUAUGGGCUAAACGAGCGCAAUUGAAA